UUUCGGGUUCUUCAAAUAUAAAUUGAAUUAACUUUAACCCAUUUUCAUCGUCUAAUUUUCGCUCCGUCUCCACUGUUGUGUGUUUCUCCCCUGAAAAUGGCGUCCGGUUUAAUCGGAAGAUUGGUUGGAACCAAACCGUCGAGGUUAACGACGGCGGCGAGGUUGAUUCCGGCGCGAUGUACGGCUUCGGGAUCGGAAGCGGAACCAAAGGCAUCGUCUGGUGGCGGCGGAGGAUCGAAAUUGAAGACGUUUCAGAUCUACCGUUGGAAUCCUGAUAAUCCUGGGAAGCCUCAGCUUCAGGAUUACCAGAUCGAUCUCAAGGAUUGUGGUCCGAUGGUUUUGGAUGCUUUGAUUAAGAUCAAAAACGAGAUGGAUCCGUCGCUCACUUUCCGUCGCUCGUGCCGAGAAGGGAUCUGUGGUUCGUGCGCGAUGAACAUCGACGGAUGCAACGGGCUCGCUUGUUUGACGAAGAUCCAAGACGGAGCGUCGGAGACAACAAUCACGCCGUUGCCUCAUAUGUUCGUGAUUAAGGAUCUGGUGGUGGAUAUGACCAAUUUUUACAACCAGUACAAAAGUAUUGAGCCGUGGUUGAAGAGGAAGAAUCCGCCGUCUGAGCCUGGGAAGGAGAUUCUACAGAGCAAGAAGGAUAGGGCUAAGCUUGAUGGGAUGUACGAGUGUAUUCUGUGCGCUUGCUGUAGCACAUCCUGUCCCAGUUACUGGUGGAAUCCUGAAUCUUACCUUGGCCCUGCCGCUUUGCUACACGCCAACAGGUGGAUAAGCGACAGUCGCGAUGAGUACACUAAGGAAAGACUUGAGGCUAUUGACGACGAGUUCAAGCUUUACCGUUGCCAUACGAUCUUGAACUGUGCACGUGCAUGUCCAAAGGGUUUGAACCCAGGCAAACAGAUCGCACACAUCAAGCAACUUCAGCGUUAAACAGCUUUUUUAAGUAUGCAUGCGGUACUCAUCGGGAAACUCAUUACCCCUUAACGUUUGAAGCUAAUAAUCUUCACAAAACCUCCCGGAUUUUCAGUUCAUUCUUGUAUUUGUUGUUGCCAAAUAUUAGCGCCUGGAAAAAACUCUUAUGCAAGCCCUCCCAAGUAGAUGAGCUUUGUGGUUGUAUCUUGCUGAAAAAUCUCUCGUUAAGUAAUAAAACUCGGGAAAACUUAAAGCAUCU